UAGACAUCACAAUCGAUAUCAUGUUUCGUCUUUCAGGACUUCUUCAAAGGCCGAGUGACUGACGUGUUCUUCGUCCCCGUCAGCAUCAGCUACGAACGACUGUUCGAAGAGUCGCUCUAUGCGUUCGAAUUGGCCACUGGACUUCCUAAGCCAAAAGAGUCUACAUCCGGAAUGCUGAAAGCGAGAAAGGUUCUGGACGAAAACUUUGGAAAUAUUUACAUCAACUUCGGUCAGCCCUUCUCACUGCGAGAGGCAGCGUACAAUCGAGUGGACAGAUCGCGGUUUGCGUGUACACCACUGUUUGAUCAGUUCGUUUCAGAGGAGAGCGAACUCUUUGUACAGGAACUGUCAUUGUACGCUAUUGCUCGAAUACAAGAGAAUAUCUACAUACAGCCUUGGCAUCUGAUCGCAUCGGUACUCUUCAACUACGCAUUCUGCAAUCACAACAGAGCCUUGCCAGCCAUGUUGCUUGUGGAAAAGGUCAACCAACUAUCGAAUCUUCUGAAAAAUGUCAACUGCAAACAGAUCAUGACCUCGCACUCUUUAACUGACGUCAUCAGUGUUUUGGAGUGUCACCAUAAAACAGUUCAUUUUUGCACUUUCUCUAAGAUGUUUCUGUUAGCUCCUGAAGAGUUGUAUUUCACUAAAGAAGGAAAAACCGUUCCCAUUAUUCCAGUACAACUUCUGAUGUAUCAGAAUAUGUUUGUAAACCACUUAGCGCCAUUGUUUAUUGCUGUCAACAUUGUUGAGUGCCAAGGAAGUUUCAUUUCGAAACAAGAAUUCGACCAUAAAUGGAAAUUGGCUCUUUCGAUAUUCACUCAGGAAUUCGUUGCAAUUGAAAAUGAUCCAAUUCAAGUUCUCGAAGUUCUGGAAUCGCAGAAAGUUACAUUCUACGAUACGAGAUCUGAAAUAAUUUCGCUAAAUUUGGAGAGUUAUAAGUUGAAAAAUCUUUUGAACGACGUUGCUCGGCCUUAUUUCACUAUACUUUAUCUUACUGUUGCAAACUUGUAUUCUUACAGUCUUGUUUCUCAGAGUAUUGGAGAGUAUAAAUUUGACAGCCUAGCGUCACUUAACUCAUCAGUUCGGUCUAAAAUCACACAGUGUUAUGACUCAGGCAAAUUAUCUGGAGUAGCCGCUGUUACAACUGCUGCGGUAAAUAAUGUAUUUAACCUUUGCAAAUCUAGAAAUAUAAUUGUUACCAAGAAAAAACAAGGAACGACAAUCAUCCAGGUCGACCAAUCAAAAUGCUCGAACUUGUUGAAUGAAAUUCAACAGAUUUUCCCCUGCGACCAGUUUAUGUUCGCGAUGAGUUCUAUCAAAUCUAAAUUGUAAAACUUUGUAAUAGUGAAUUUUAUUGAAAGUUUGUAGAUUGAAAUAAUUUUGUAUUGUUUGGAACAAAUCGUAUAGUCUAGUUGUUUUUUGUUCUAUGAAAA